GACAUUACAGAGUUUUGCGCCACGCUUGAUGCCAGCUCUGCGUGCCCGCUGUCUUUGCGAAGGAAUGUGGCUGCUUUCCCUGUGUCGGGAUGGAUGUCUGACAGAUGUUUUGAGAAAAAGAUGCAGGUCCCCCUCCUCAUUACAAAGCAAUGACGAUGUUCUUGAUUCCCACCACUGAUGACCAAGAAGGAACAUCCAGUCAGAUUUAACAGAAGUCAAACUUGAUCCAUAAUAAUUUGUUUGACCUCUUUCUAAACAUGGAGCCCUAACUUCUCAGCUAUAAGGACACGGUUCUACACUGCUCCUUCUGUUCUUACAAAAGGAAUCUCAUUAAGUGGCGUCUCAGUGAUUUUACUCCCCUCUACGCCUCCUGAGACCUCAAAAAUGUUUUCAGCUUUGAAGAAGCUGGUGGGAUCUGAGCCGGGGCAGCUCCGGGAGAAAACCAUUCCAGCAGGACUGCAGUCAAUGAACCAAAGUUUGCAAAGGCGCUUCGCCAAAGGGGUCCAAUAUAACAUGAAAAUAGUCAUCCGAGGAGACAGAAAUACUGGGAAGAGUACUUUAUGGCACCGACUGCAGGGGAAGAAGUUUGUGGAGGAGUACAUACCCACUCAGGAGAUCCAGGUCACAAGUAUUCACUGGAAUUACAAAACCACUGAUGACAUAGUGAAGGUGGAGGUGUGGGACGUGGUGGACAAAGGCCAAAAAUACCCUCUUCCUGAAGGUGGAGGAAAAGGCAAACGGCGCGGAGACAACUUGAAACUGGAGAAUGAGCCGCAAGAGUCAGAUGAGGUGGCCCUGGAUGCAGAGUUCCUGGAUGUGUACAAGAACUGCAAUGGUGUCAUCAUGAUGUUUGACAUAACAAAGCAGUGGACUUUCAACUACAUCCUGAGAGAACUGCCUAAAGUACCCACCCAUGUGCCGGUGUGUGUCCUGGGAAACCACAGGGACAUGGGGGAACAUCGUGUCAUUCUCCCCGAUGAUAUAAGAGACUUUAUUGCAGGACUAAACAGACCAAUGGGAUCAUCCUACAUCCACUAUGCUGAGUCUUCUAUGAAGAAUGGUUUUGGGUUGAAGUAUCUGCACAGGUUUUUCAAUAUCCCCUUCCUACAGCUGCAGAGAGAGACCCUCCUGAGACAACUGGAGACCAACCAGCUGGACAUGGAUGCCACUCUGGAGGAGCUUACUGUCCAGCAGGAGACUGAAGACCAGAACUAUGAGAUCUUCUUGGAGAACUUGGAGUCUCGCAGUAAAGGCUACGCCUCCCCUGGUCCAGCCAACGGUCAGAGCCCCUCCUCUGGCUCCCAGUCCCCCAUCGUGCCCCCCAGCGGUGCUUCCACUGGCAGCUCCAGCCCCAGCACUCCACAGCCUCCGCUACCCUCCCAGAUGCUUCCUCAGUCUCCGUCUGUAUCUGCGUCUUCCCCUGCACCCCCUACUGCAGUGGCUAGUGGGACGACCUCCCCUAUGGCUGAGGCGAAACUUCCACUUCAAUCACCUGAACACCAGCAAUCAUCAGCUGCGCCUGGAGUCUCAGGCCCCCAGAAACGCGGUUUCAUCUCCCGCUGGUUUGGUUCAUCUCCUGCUGCUGAGGCCCCUGCUGCUGCACCAGAAGACCCUCCUGCCCCCGUGUGUCCCGCUAAGGUGCAGAGUGUGGAUGAUUUUGUGCCAGAUGAAAGGUUGGACAAGAGUUUCCUGGAAGACGGCGUCCCAUCUAAGAGCAAGGUUCCCCAACCCGCCCCGGCUGCAGCUGUGGACAGCGACAGUGAUGGAGAAAACCGAGGAAACCCAAUGGUCUCCGGCUACCAGGAUGAGCUGGAUCCCGACGACAGCGAACCCAGCCUCCCCCAGGUGAAAGCCCGGCCCCACAGUAAGGACAUCUCUCUGACCAGCGAUGAGGAGGAGGCUGAGCAGGGGGCCCCCACAGUCACACAGGACCAGGACUGGGACAGUGAACCUGAUCUGAAAGCGCCAGUUAUUCAGCUCACAAAACCAAAGGUGACGUCUCAAGUUCCUGAGCUCAAAGUCCAGACCACAGCACCAAUCUCCCUGACCCUUACUCCAGCUGCGGAGCCCCCGGCUCGACAGCAGGCCCGGAAAAAGGGAAGCACACCCAGAGCAGAGGACUCUGAUACAGACCCCGAGGCUCCCGUGGCCCAGCAGAUGCUCUCUUUUGUCAUGGAUGACCCGGACUUUGAGUCGGAAGCAUCAGACACCCCGAAAAUCGCAAAGGACACCUUUCCGGUCAGAGACGAGCUUCUGUCCGACCUCUCUGACGAGGACACGCAGUUGUCCAAGGUUCUAGUUCCGCUGAAGCCCACUGUGAUUUCCUUCAAACCGAAGGAUGAUGCUGACCUGUUUGGCCUGGGGAUCCAAGAAGAACCUCGAGCAUCAAAGGACAGCAGUGAGGACCAGGAAGAAAAAGAAAGCAAGCAGUCCAAAGAGAAGAAGAAAAAGAAGAAGAAAAGCAAGGAGGAGGAGGAGAAGAGCAAGAAGAAACACAAACACAAGAAAAAGGAAAAAGACGAAGUGGCAGCGGUAGACGACAAGGAGAAAAAGAAGAAAAAAUCUCGCUCAAAGAAAACGGAGGUGGACGAGUUGGAGGACUUUCUGGGUGGAGGCACCGGCUCCGUCAAAAGAGACGAUGGGGAUUAUGAAGAGCUAUAAAAGCUGCUGCUUGUUUGAAUCCCAGGAGAACAGCAAGGACUAUGGUCUGUUAUUACAAAAAAGAAGAAUCAAAACUAAAAGGUUACCUUGUGUAUGCAUAAAACAGCGUUACAAGCCAUACCCUCCACUGAAACCCACCAACCACAGCAGGAUCUGGAAACCUGGGAUUCUGACUCCCAGCUCUCAUUUCCACUCCAACCAAUAAGAAGCCCCAGGAGGAGUCAUGUGUACUGUAAUGAAUCUUACUAUAACUGGUAUGAAGACAGGCAAGCUCUUUGUACUUCUUUGAUUCGAGCUUUUCUCUGCUUUGAUACUCUGUGAUGCACUCCCAAUGAGCUGCUGUAAAUAGGAUCAUGAUUUCCUCUGAAUGUUUGUGUGGCUGAUGUAGUGCUUGUGAGCAUGCUCAAAGUGACGACUGACUCCUUAAAGACUCCAUCGUGUCCUUUUCUUUUGACUUAGUUAGUUUCGGUGGGAAAUAUCAGAAUUAACUUUGGUGAUUAUCUUUAUUGGGGAGAUUUUUACACUUUGUCUUUGUUUCAACUAAGCUGUUCUUUCAUCAUUGCUAAUGCUUUGCAGAAAUUUAUCAAAUCUUUUUGUUUAAAUUUUAUAAAUGAAGCCACAUCAGUUAUCUGUAGGCUUUUGUUUUGUGCUGAUUGUGGUCAUGAUAAUUAACCAACCUUCCACACACCAGAAGACUAAGAGCUGUAAACUAGUCACUAGGGGUGCACCGAUGAAUUGGUCCCGAUUUCUUUCAUUUUGGGAGAUCAGUGAUCGGUUGAUGCUUACUUGUAAAGCUGAUCUUUUCCACUGAUCUGACCUACCUCAAAACCUAGUCAGCCAAUGUCCUCUUCUGUUGUUCUUUGAUAGACAGAGCCGCCCACCAGGUCACGUCUGCACAUUCAGUUAAUGGUGACCCUACUGUUGCCAACUGAAUGAUUUUCUUACUACGUUUAGCAAACAUUUCAGUGAAAAUAAAAUCGAUAUCGGCCUACUUCGGAAUCGGUGGGUGAGGCUUUUUAAAGACUAGUAAUCGUCCAGUUACUGCAAUCAGUUCACCCGUACUAAUCUCACUAUUAUGGUCAGAAAACAAAUAAUCUGCUACUAAGUGAAGAUAAAAGCUCAUUGAUAUUGAGUUGAGUCUAAACCCAGGAUGAGGUUCCAUGUGUGUUUUAUUCCUCCGCUGUUCUCUGCGUUUGCCUUAAGCAGGGUCACAGCUGAGGGAAAGACGAGCAGCCGUCCCCAUCAAGUGUUCUUACUGUAAACCAUGUAGCUCAGUCUGCUUUAAAUGUCCCAGGAUGCCCUGCAUCCUGGAAGCCUGUCGUCAGAUCGGGGUGAAUCUUUACAUUUGUCUUUGGUUGUAGAAGAAUUGAUAUGAAUAUUACUCUGUAAUUGUACCACGUCUGGGUUUUCUUUUUGUUGUUGUUCUGUUGUGCCCUUUAUUUAUUGUUUUUGUUGCAAAAAUGUCUUGGUUUCUCCUGGUGUGCUUUGUGUGUCCAGACUGUCCAGUCAGACCCAUCAUGCAGCUCUCUGUAUGGCUCACAGCUUGUCUACUUCUAUGACCUUUCACCUGUAACACAGUCAGCUGUUUACUUCAACUGCUUUUUAAAGCUGCAGUAUGUAACCUUUAGAAAAAGUUACAUGCAAAUUUGUUGAAACUGUCACAAUGUCGUGACAGUAUAGUAUUAGACAAUCUGCGAAAAGAUGGAUCUCUGUCGUCUCCUUGCGCUAACCAGAAAAAAACAAUCAGAACCAGGAGGAGGGUCUUAGCGCUGUCAAUCACUCUGUGCUGUAUAGUAUAUCCUGUUGUGAAUGAUCAGGCUAGUUAGCACAGCCACCAAUGACAGCAGAUAAACAGUUUUCCUGUAACCGUGAGUUCUUUCUCCACCAUUAGCACAUUUAACAGUGAGCAUAUGUGGUUGAUUGACAGCGCUAAGCCCCUCCUCCUGACUCUGAUUGGUUGUUUUGGGUAAGGAGUGGUGCAUUUCUUCAGACGGCAACAGUAGCUUAGAGAGGAGGUGGAUGAGAUCCAUCCUUUACAGAUUCUCUCACAACAAACCGUCACAAGAUGGUGACAGUUUUAACAUAUAUAUAAAAACAUAUUCUUUCUAAAAGUUGCGUACUGCAGCUUUAAGGAGAGAAACCAGAGCUGAUUUAGUCCCCACAUGGUGUCAUUGUGUCUGAAAGUUUUAGCUCACUUGCUUCUAAUAGACGGUGAAAACAUCCUGCAUCCAGAACUGAUGUGUGUUUUUACAUCUGAUGGAUAUCAGCUCUUUAUCUCUCUCUGACACACACACACACAACAGUUCCAAUUUGCUGGUUUACAAAAAAAUCUGUUUUAUUCCAAAGGUGACACUAUGCAGCAUUAUCCUGAAUACUGUGUGCUUUUUUUUUCAUCUCUUGUUUGAGGAUAAAUGCUGAUAAAAGUUUCAAGCAAAGCAUGAGACUUAAAUGUACAGCAAGAAAAGAUUGUAUAAAGUAAA